AUGAGCGCCCAGGCCCAGAACAAGAUCGCUGCCAACAGCCCCUCGAGGCAAAACCCCUCUGAGCUCGAGGUGUCCAUUGCUCAGGCUCUCUACGACCUCGAGAGCAACACUGCCGACCUCAAGGCUGCCCUCCGCCCUCUGCAGAUCGUCUCUGCCCGCGAGAUCGAGGUCGGCCACGGCAAGAAGGCUGUUGUCAUCUUUGUCCCCGUCCCUUCCCUGCAGGGAUUCCACCGCGUCCAGCAGCGUCUCACCCGUGAGCUCGAGAAGAAAUUCUCUGACCGCCACGUCCUGAUCCUCGCUUCGCGCCGCAUUCUUCCCCGCCCCAAGCGCUCCGCCCGCUCUCGCAACACCCAGAAGCAGAAGCGUCCCCGCUCCCGCACCCUGACCGCCGUCCACGACGCCAUCCUUGCCGAUCUCUGCUACCCCGUCGAGAUCGUUGGCAAGCGUGUUCGCACCAAGGAGGACGGCAGCAAGCUCCUCAAGGUCAUCCUCGACGAGAAGGAGCGCGCUGGCGUCGACUACCGCGUCGACACCUACGCCGAGGUCUACCGCCGCCUGACUGGCCGCAACGUUACCUUCGAGUUCCCCCAGACCGCUGCUGAAUACUAA